AUGAUCGAGAAUAUCUUGCGCUCUCCAAGGUGGUUGCAGAAGACGGCUGCUCCAGUGCCGCUGUGCUUGAUGAGCCAAGCUGGCCAGGUGGGCACCCUCAUGUUCUCGAUCGUGAUGAUGAGGUCGAGCAUCCAGGUGCGUGGCUUUUCUGUGGUUGCCAAGCGCAGUGAGAAAGAUGUCAAGGCUUUGAUGGUGGAACGCCGCGUGGAUGCGCCAUCGGAUGAGCCCAGGGCAGAACAGGUGGAGAGGCACUGGAACCGCCACGUGACCAACGAGGCCCUGGAGGCGGCGCGAAGGGAGGGGGACCGCGGCUCCUUGCAGGAGGCGAGACAGCUGCUGGAGGACGCUUCUCAGAUUUUAGGCGCCUCUCCGCUGGUGCAAAGUGGUGAUCCUGUGUGUCUAGGUCUACUCAGCGACUUGCGCGACUGCAUGGACGACCUCCGCAACCGUCAGCAGUACAUGACCAUGGGUUCCAAAAAGAUGGCAAUGAUCAGCCGGAAGCAUGGAAGGCAGCGCGCUUGCAACGUGGGCCCCGAUGAUGCCGUGUCCUACACCAACGCCAUGCAGAAGGAAACUCGUGCAGCCUUCAAAAUGAGCAUCGCCUGA